CGUUCACCCUUCACAGUGCUACUACAUAUGCAUAUACUGGACAGCAAACAUGUCCCCAGUAAAAGGUUCUCGUACGGGCUUCACCGCAGACGAGGACACGCUCCUCAUGAAAUACAUUGCAACAUAUAACCCUACCAAGAAAAACAGAAGCGGAAACGUUUUGUACAAGCGCCUUGUGCAAAACGCUGAUAACAAAUGGAACUGGUCCAAGACACACUCGUGGCAGUCCUGGCAGACCAGAUACAGGAACAAUAUGGACGAAUUUGAUAGGAGGAUAUUGAAGUAUCAGAAGAAGAAAGGAAUCAACCCGGAGGAGCAAUCGGGGAAGGAGCCUCAGUUUACGCCAUCCGAUGAAGAAGAAGCUGCGAGGGACCGCUCGAAAGAGACCAGCAAAGGGAAAAAGCGGGCUGGUGGCCGAGACAUUUCUGAGCAGCGGAAAGCCAAGCGAUCUAAGCUGGAGAAAGACCAGCAAUAUGCCGGGAGUAGUCGCUCGCCCUUGACCAAGACCGAUGAGACACGUCAAAUUCCCCCCGUUGGACCAAGCGACCAAGCUCGUAGUGCUUCCCCUAACCAGGAACCACCAGAAACUGUGUACGACGUGCCUCCGCCUUCCCCAAAACCAGCAAACACGUUCAAUAUUCCUUCGCUCCCUUCUCGUUCGGAUACCUUGCCUGUUCUGUCAUCCGAACCCAAUUCUCCUGUCGGGACCCUGCCACCAAUCUCGUCCCAGCUCCCACCAAGUUCUCAGCCUAUUGCAUCAUCUUCGCAGCAGGUAGUUACCCCAAAGCCGCCGCCAGUGCCCAAACGAGUCUUGAAGCACAAGUCCGUUUCUUCCAUCUUCGGUUCACUCUCGCCAACAGAUGAUCGUUCUACUCCUUUGAAGACCAGAAUUCUCCCCAAAGUGGUAGAAGGACACUUUACAACGGCGCUCACCGAUCGGUUGGGUCAUGUGCGUCCAGGUAGUCGUUCUGAGGAGAAACAGCCGAUGGUUUGGCCUCCCGUUCGAGGCAAGAAGGGCAAGGAGAAAGAGGUAGUACAAGGACCGGCUGCAUUGAUUCCUUCAGCGGUUCAGGAACGCGAUGGCCAUCUCGUCAACGGGGUCGAUUCUCAGACAUCACAAACAGCUGUAGUGUCUCCAAAGCGUGAGCCAGAAUCUCAACGACCUCCAGCUCCUCUUCCACCACAUUGUAUAGAAUCUGAACACCACCCCUUCAGUCAAGUCCCACUUCCUUCCCCUCCUCAUCCUCCACAUAAUUACAAAGGUGCAGAUGCAGCCGAAUCUCCUCUGAAGCAUCGCUCGACGAACAGGGUAGGUCACCUCGUUAAGGGUUCAUGGGAUAAAAAGCAAGACAACAUUAUCGGCCAAGCAUCGGUUAUGGCCCAACCUACGGCCGGGCCUUCAAAACUAACUACUACUGCCAGGUCUUCGGGUCUCACAUCCUCUGCUGAACUACCGCAUGAACAGCCAGUCGCUCCGGCGACACACGCUCAACGUCUGCUCAAUCGUGCUCAAAAGCGACAUCGGAGAGAGACAGUUGGUGGUUAUGACCUACCGCGCAUGGACCUUCGCACUCUAUCAGCAGUAUCAACUUCCCGAAUCCCCCGUUCUAGAGCCAGUAGCUCGGUAUCUCACUUACCUCACCGUCACUCUCUCCCUGUCCAUCCCACAUCAUCAGCCGUCCCAGCCGACCUCUCCGGCUACAUUGUCACGCCCGGGCCUACGAUUCCACCAGUUCCACUUGCGCUCAUAACCCCCGUUGACCUACCCGUGUCUGCCUCUGUCGGAUUCAGAUCCGUGAUAUCAGGCAUGGGUGCCGCGUAUGGAUACUCACCAAAUGUCGUGCUCGAGGUUUACAAGCGCGUUGGAAGCUUGGAAGAGACUGAGAUGUAUGUAAGGGGCAUGCGCGAUGCUUCCGAGAGCUGGAUUGAAGCGAGACUCGAGCAGAGAGAGCGGGAAGCGCGUGAAGCUAGGAAAGCCUCGAAUGAGAGGGAGAGCAGAGAGAGCGAUAAUGACGAUGGCGAACCGCCCCACAGCUCUCGUCAUCGACCAUCCUUGCAGCAAGCUUUACUUGAGCGACGGUUGCCGAAUGGGCUGCGGGUAUGGCAUGAACCUGAAUCAUACCAGUUGGAAUAUGAACCUCUACCUAAGAAACAAGCGGCGCUGAAGAAGCGGGCGUCGAUGGGCGAAGGUGGCAGUAUGGAUGCCAACUGGAGGGCGAGUGUGGUUGGGCGUCACAGAACUAACCAGGCAGAAGACGAGGUAGCAAGGGCUGCUGUCGACAGUAGUGAAGGGGGUGAUGAUGAAGCCGCCUCGGAAGAGGAGGAGGAGGAGGAAGAAGAAGAGGAAGAAGAAGAAGAAGAAGAAGAAGAGAGCGUAGCGGAGAAGCUGUUCCCCGAAUCUUCAUCAGAGGACCUUCAGGAUCAAGAUGAGCCCGAGCAUGCGUCCGAUAAUGCAGAGCAGUUCAAUGGGGAUGUCCGACAUCACGAGUUUUCACUCCGAGAACCUCCUCGUGCCAUGCGUGUCAAGCGCGAAAGCCAGACGCCACCCCCACUUUACGGGUCGCAUGGGGAUUCAGCGAAUGGGGAAGAGGUAUUGAAUGGUGCUCUGUCGGACGUUCGUCACACGCGCUCAGUAUCUCUGCCCUGGAACGCGGAUGAGGGUAAAAUACUUCUUUCCGGGGAUUGGCAGGUGCGCGAGGUGCUUGGGAGGCGAUUGGGCAAACAAGGCAUAAGAAAAAAGAUUACGCAGCUGCUGCGACAGCAUUGAAGUUCACUGCAUAAGCAUACUGUUGAACGGUGGAAGCGGUUGGUUGCCGUGACUUCUCCGUAUGCUAAGUACUCGUCUGUGAAUUCAUCAGAUUAUAGGAGUACAUGAUACAUAUGAAGGUAUUGAAAACGUUUGCAUGGGAACUCUUUUAUG